AUGAAGGCAUCGAUAUGUAUUCUAUUUCUUGUGCUUUGCGGCACGGGACUCAAUAAUGGCGAUACCAAAGUGGUUCUGCUGGAUAACAAAAACACAACGGUUCCAGUCGACAACGGAGUCAAGAAUGUUCCAAACACCGUAACUACCCCAGAAGUGUCGACGGCCGGGACCAAUGAGACAAUUGCCAAUGUGACUGAAAAAUCUACAGUCGUCACACCCGGUGAGCCAGUAUUGCCAAAAAAAGGAUCGGCUGAAGAAGAACGCAACAGUUCAAUCGCCAUUUUCUUUGUGCUCAGCGUUCUCGCCCUAGGCAUACUGCUCAUUCAUCUCAUGUUGUCCACACAUUUUCAGUAUCUACCUGAAAGUGUUGUAAUUGUGUUUCUCGGUGCUGUUAUUGGUCUCAUUAUUAAUCUCAUGUCUGAACAGCAUAUUGCUAAUUGGCGCAAUGAAGAAGCAUUCUCUCCGACAGCAUUUUUUCUCGUCUUGUUACCACCAAUUAUAUUUGAAUCUGGUUACAAUUUACAUAAGGGGAACUUUUUUCAAAACAUUGGUUCUAUUCUAGUGUUUGCUAUUAUUGGCACCACAAUAUCAGCUUUAGUUAUUGGUGCCGGUAUCUAUGUCCUUGGUCUUGCCGAGGUAGCGUACAAAUUAAGUUUUGUUGAAAGCUUUGCAUUUGGAUCGUUAAUUUCAGCUGUUGACCCUGUAGCCACAGUAGCUAUUUUCCAUGCGUUGGAUGUAGAUCCUGUGUUGAAUAUGUUGGUAUUUGGAGAGAGUAUAUUGAAUGAUGCAAUUGCCAUUGUAUUGACUACAUCAGUAUUGCAGUCCAACGGACCAGCUAUGAGUACUUCUGAAGCUGUAUUGACAGGCAUCAAGCAGUUCUGUUUAAUGUUUUUUGCUUCAGCUGGUAUUGGAGUAAUAUUUGCCCUAAUCAGUGCACUGUUAUUGAAAUAUGUAGACUUGAGGAAAACACCCUCGUUGGAAUUUGCUAUGAUGUUGGUUUUCACUUAUGCACCAUAUGUCUUGGCUGAAGGCAUUCAUUUAUCAGGAAUAAUGGCUAUUCUGUUUAAUGGAAUUGUCAUGUCACAUUAUACACAUUUCAAUUUAUCAACAGUCACACAAAUUACAAUGCAACAGACAAUGAGAACAUUGGCAUUUAUAGCAGAAACUUGUGUAUUUGCUUAUCUUGGACUAGCAUUAUUCAGUUUCAGAUUACAUUUUGAACCAGCUUUAGUAAUUUGGAGUUUAAUUCUGUGUCUGAUUGGACGUGCUUGCAAUAUAUUUCCACUAGCUUAUUUGUGCAAUAAAUUCAGAGAACAUCAAAUUACUAAACAUAUGAUGUUUAUUAUGUGGUUUAGUGGUUUAAGAGGAGCUAUUUCAUAUGCAUUGUCAUUACAUUUAGAAUUCAGUAAUGAAACAAGACAUGUGAUAAUCACAACUACAUUGUGCAUAAUAUUAGUCACAACUUUGUUGUUUGGUGGUUCAACAAUGCCACUAAUGAAGAUUUUACAAUCAUCAAAAGCUGGGAGAAGCACUCGCCGUCGAAGAAAAGACAAAGCAAUAUCUCUUAGUAAAACAAAAGAAUGGGGGCAAGCAAUUGAUUCUGAACAUUUAUCUGAACUGACUGAAGAAGAAUUGGAAGUUAAUUUUAUCCAAUCAAGAAUCAGUGGAUUUGCUAAAAUGGACAUCAAAUACUUCAUACCGUUCUUCACUAGACGUUUUACACAAGAAGAAUUGAAAGAUUGUAAGACACAGAUGACAGAUUUAACUAAUCAAUGGUAUCAGGCAAUUCGUAUAUCACCAACUGCAUCAGAUGAUGAUAAGACUGCAAACAGUGGACAGCCCCAGACAUCUAGCCGCCAAUCGAGUUGACAAUUACAGCAACCACCAGUUGUGAGGCAAAGUAAUAAUUUGUUAAGUGACAUUCAGAGCUUGUCUGCAUCGAGUUUAC